AUGCAUUAUAUUCUUGCCCACUGCCACAAUUUACAAUGUGGUGGGAAUUUUGGAGCCACAAGAACAACAACUAAGGUAUUGCAGAGUGGUUUUUACUGGCCAACCUCAUUUAAAGAUGCUAAUUCUUUUGUGAAGGCUUAUGAUCGAUGUCAGCACACUAGUAAUAACUCAAGGAGAAAUGAGAUGCCCCUCAAUGUGAUUUUGGAAGUUGAGUUGUUUGAUGUUUGGGGCAUUGACUUCAUGGGUCCAUUUCCAUCGUCUUACAAUAAUGAGUAUAUCCUGCUAGCAGUUGAUUAUGUGUCCAAAUGGGUAGAAGCUGCUGCUACGAAGACCAAUGACGGUAAAAUUGUAUUGAACUUUCUCCAUAAACACAUUUUCACUCGUUUUGGUACACCCCGAGCUCUCAUUAGUGAUGAAGGGAGUCAUUUUGUCAACAAACAACUUGAUGCACUUUUAGCUCGCUACGGUGUAUACCACCACACUGCAUUGCCAUAUCACCCCCAAUCAAAUGGCCAAGCUGAAAUUUCAAACAGGGAGGUGAAAAGUAUCCUUGAAAAGACUGUGGAUAGUUCAAGGAAAAACUAG